UGUGCCACCACUACUGCGGACCACAACAACAACUGUGAGCAGAAAAGCUGUGACCACAACAACAACACCGCCAAGUGAAUUUGGCCAACUCUCAGCAGUCUCAGAGAUCUCUAAGAUUGGAUCAGAUUUUCGGACUGCGACUGCGGAAGAGCGGCUGACCAGACGCGGAAGUAACAACCUUCAACUCCAGCCAUGGCCGCUGUGCUGCCGGAGAAUGCGGCCGAAUACGCGAUGGCCAACGCAAUCAAUAACUUCAUCGGGGGUAAUGGAAACGGGCGCAAUCGGGUGCUCCCGGGCGGAUUAGGUGGUGGUGGCGGCGGCCAGAAUAACAUGAUGAACAUGCGGGACCGACUGUUCCAUGCCAUAUACUUUCGGGCGGCGGCCGCCUAUGCGGAGUUAGUUCCACGGAAGGUGCAGCUGACCAUCGAGUUCCUGCUGCUGGCCAAGGCCCUGCUGUUCUUCUUCACGCUCAUCUAUGUCCACAACGCCUUCAUCAAGAAUCCCUGCACCUGUCUGCAGCAGGUUCAGAACUGGCCACGCGAAGGAGUCAUCAGAGUGGAGAUCAUUCCCCACCUGGCGGAGAAGCGGGCCAUUUGGCAGGGCAUCAAGCGGGACCAGCAAAUCGUGCGCUCUCUAAAGGAUUCCUACUACUAUAGCAUUGGCCCGCAAACUCUGGAGAAUCACGACAGGCUCAAGCGGUAUGAGUCCAUCCUGGGAAGGCUGGGUCUGCCCGUUAGACCCACCUUUGCCUACAGCAAUGAGUCCCUGUACUAUUACUUUGAUGCCGUCAACAUCCUGGACACCUACGACCAUCCCAAUGCCAUACAACUCAAGAACGAAGAAGACGAUGAGGAGCAAUACAUUGUGGAGUAUUCGCUGGAGUACGGCCACCUGCGAUUGUCUUCAGCCACUCGAAAGCGUUUACAUAUACCCGUGCUCACUGUCCAACUGGAUCCCAAUACCGACAAGUGUUUUGGGGAUGGACUCACACGAUACCUGCUCAAACGUCUGCUGGGCUAUGAUGACUUACUGAUGGCCUCGGUUAGAACGAUUGCCGAGCAGGAGGAGAACAAGGGCUUCCUGCGCAAUGUGAUCACCGGCGAGCAUUAUCGCUUUGUGUCCAUGUGGUGGACUGCCUGGAGCAGCUAUCCGGCUGCCUUCUUUGUGAUGCUGCUAUUUACGUUUUCGGUGUCCAUGCUGCUCCGCUACUCGCAUCACCAGAUCUUUGUCUUCAUAGUUGACUUGCUCCAGAUGCUUGAGUUCAAUGUCUCCGCCCGGUUUCCCAUCGCUCCAUUGCUUACCGUCAUUUUGGCGCUCGUAGGAAUGGAAGCCAUCAUGUCGGAGUUCUUCAAUGACACCACCACGGCCUUCUACAUCAUACUGAUUGUCUGGAUUGCGGACCAAUACGAUGCCAUCUGCUGUCACACGAGCAUCACCAAGCGUCAUUGGCUCAGAUUCUUUUACCUGUACCAUUUUGCGUUCUAUGCGUAUCACUACCGCUUCAGUGGACAAUACAGGACUCUGGCGCUGCUCUCCUCGUACCUCUUCACCCAGCACUCGAUGGUGUUCUUCUUCCACCGCUACGAGCUGCCCGCCAUCAUGGCCCAGCACCAGGUCUUCAUCAUCACACGCAACCAAGGAGCAGCAGCAGCAGCGGCAGCUACUGGAGGAGCAGGAGCAGCUGCGGCUGGAGGAGAACCAGGAGGAGGAGGAGGUGGAGCUGGGCCAGCCGUUGGUGGCCAGCAGGCGGCCAUGCAACGUGCCCGCCUCAUAGUGACUCGUCUCUUCGGGCAACUGGCAGCCCAGCGACAGGGGCAACAGGAGCAGCAGCAGCAGCAACAGCAGCAGCAGCACGGCCCACAUCCGGAGCACCAGCGAGCAGCGCCGGGAGCCACUGACGCCGUGGGCGUGGCCUUGGCCAACCUGAGGAGACUGCCCGUGGUGGGCCAGUGGCUGCAGGGGCGCGAGCAGUUCGCCACCGUGCGUCGCGUCUUCCUGGGACACGGCGGCAAUGCACGACUGAUGCAAGUGCGUCUGCAGCGGAUAAACGUGGCCGAUAUACCUGGCUUGCGCAAUCAGGUGGCAGCGGCCAUGGCGGUCCGAAGGGGGGGCAAUCCGGCCACUGAUGAAUCCACCAGCGGCGAUGUUGCAACUACAGCAACUACAGCAACAUCAGCAGCAGCAUCAGCAGCAUCAGCAGUAGCAGCAGCAACAACGCCAACAGCAGAUGUCGAAACAAAUCAGGGACGCAAGCAGCCGACAACAUCGGGCAUAAAUGAUGCAGCAGCCGCCGGAGGAGCGGAAGCAGCUCAAGACAAGCCCAGCCAGGAGGAGGUGGUUCAGCAGGAAAAGCUGCCGGAUGAGGGGCGGCCAGCUGUGGGCGUGUCCAAGACGCUGGAAAAUCCAAAUUCCGUUGCGGCGGAUAUUAUAAAUAUGUCGGAUGAAAGAACUACUGUUGCAGCGUCCUUCCAGCAUCCACAUCCUUAUCCUCAUCCUCGUCAGACCCUGAUUCACACCCACGUCCAUGAUGUCCAUGAUGUCCAUCAGACUCAGCCAAAGGCGAGGCAAUUAGAAAAUAAUUUGCCAGAGCUGCUGAAAGCGGAGGGGGGGCCUCUACCAUCCGCACCAGGUGAAAAGCAAAGCUGCCCACUACAAGCUCACAGCAUUAUGAAUGACCAGCAGCAUCAGGGGCAGAAAAACAAACCGGACGAGCCCGCGACAGCAGCAACAUCAGCAGCUGCCACGUCAAAACAAUCCUCUGAGCGAGGAGGAGCAGCAGCAGGAGGAGCUGGAGCAGCCAGGCCAAUGAUGGAUGACAGGCAAACAGUUGAUUUUAUAGAAGGCGACAGCCCAACGUCAGCAGCAAAUUGCCAACUCAAUGUUGGCGCAAACCACAAGGCACAGGAGGAGCAGCGGCUAAUGAAAACUUCACAACAUACAUCAAACCAAGUGACAACAGCAGCAGCAGCAGCAACAUCCGCAGAAUUGGCCAUAGGCUUUAGUGGCGAGCCCCCUAAACCCUAAACCAAUCCAACCAUGCCGAAAAAAGCUACCCACAAAACAAGAUGUUAUACAUAAAAGAGCUAGUAAUUUUAGAUAAUUUGUCUGGUGUACUUAUGUCCGGAGAUCAACCACGACUCACUCACUACGCCCCCACUUCGGCUCAAAUAUGUGUGUGCAAGGGGUGGGAUGAAUGGAUGGACGGAUGGAUGGGUGGGUGGGUAAAUGAAUGAGUGUGGAUAUGGAGGUCGUGAGUGGAUGAGAACGUGCUUGAGCUCGGGCUGAAAACGAGAAACGAUACGAUACGGAGAAACGGAAACGGAAACGCGUAGUUGACCUGCUUGUACCUGCAGGCAAAAGUCAGGAUAUAUAUUAAUAAUGUUGCACGCCUUUUUAAUUAGCCAAAUACGUGAGAAGCCGCAACACAUGAACAUGGAUACAUAGAUACAUGCACACACACACACACACACACACACACACUCAACACAAGCUAGUCGCUUUUUAAAACUUCACUUUUUUGCCCAUCUUUGUUUGCCCCUUUAUUGAGAAAAAUGCGCUGAACAUUUUUAAUUAACUUUCGUGCUGCCGCUAGCAGAGAAAGCCCCAGAUAGAACCCUGGAACCCUAGAACCCCGUCCUAAAAACCGCUCGGACAAACAGCCGUAAGCCUUUCCGGCCUUUACUGCUGUUUGCCGCUGCUGCUGCUGCUGCUGCUGCUGUUUGCCCAAACUCUUUGCGUUGACUUUAUGGAAUGCCACAGCAUUGUCAAUUGUAAUAUAUUUUGUUUGUCUGAGAUCAUUAUUUAAAAAACCGAAAAAGGCAUCACAAAGAAACACACUGUGAAUAUUCAUGAAUAAAUAACGUUGAAUGUUUAAACAAAAAUAUCACAAUAAUCAUAAUUGGCCGACUAUUGAGUCAAUUUAAUUAACUGAGACAUUAAUUUUUGUAUUUUUGUUGUUUUCGCUUUUGUGUUAAGUAAACUCCUACUUUGUACAUGGUAUUUGUAUUUGUAUUUGAACCUGAUUCUGAUUCUGAUCUGAGAUUGAGUGAUUGUGUCGAACUAUUCAAUAAGCAAUGGAGGUCGAAAUCAAAGUUCGAGAACGGUUUAUAACUCUUAACUUUACACACUAAACUAAUACUAGAAGCUAUGACUAUUUGCUAUUGCUAAAAAAGUUAUUUCUAAAUGUGUAUAAAUAUAUACGACUUAAAUCAA